AUGCCCGACUCUACCGACAAUGAGCCACCACCACCGCCUGGUGGUAGGCGACGAGCCCCUACCAUCACAAUCGACACCACGGCCGUCAGUCCUACCGCCAGUGCCGUCGACAUGCCUCAAGGCCCUGAAAACCAACCCGCGCCAAUCGUAACAUCUCCUCCUGACGACGAUACCAUUUCUCCGACUACUUUGGCCGGCGAACCAAACGCUUCCUUUACCCACCGUGUCGGGCGUCCCGAUGUCCGUACCGACACCUCGUUUGAAAGCAGAGACAGUCGGCCUACGAGUCCGCACAAUGUCUCCAGCCCUGUCCUCGGCUUCGGCGAGCGAGGCGCUGGCUUCCUUUCGGUCCCUUCCGGUGACGCUAGGCCCCGUCAAAACUCACUUGAAUCUGAUGACGCCGCCAGAUCAAUUCAUUCAUAUGGCGAAACAACGGUAGUCGCUUCCAAUUCGACCCAGACUGACAAAUACAAGUCCUCAUCGCUGAGCAACGAGAAGAUCAUGAAGGAUGAUACCGCCUUGAAACCCGAUGUCGGCACCGAAAAGGAUUUCGAAGUCGACAACAAUCCAUUUGCCUUUACUCCUGGUCAAUUGAACAAAAUGUUCAACCCCAAGAGCCUCACAGCUUUCUACCAGCUCGGCGGCCUCGGCGGCCUCGAAAAGGGCCUACGUACCGAUCGCAAAUCCGGACUCAGCCCUGAUGAGACCCAUCUAUCAGGCCACGUCUCUUUUGAUCAAGCCACCGCUACCGGCAAAAGUGUCAAGGUUCACAGCGAGGGUUCUACCCCUGUCGCCGUGGAACGAACGGAUUCUCGUGCCAGCAGGGCCAGCAAGGCCGACGAGCAGUUCGCCGAUCGCUACCGCGUAUUUCGCGACAACCGUCUUCCCGUCAAGAAGGGCAAAUCGCUUCUUCAACUCAUGUGGAUAACUUACAACGACAAGGUUCUGAUUUUGCUGUCUAUCGCUGCUGUCAUCUCGCUUGGUGUUGGCCUUUACCAAACAUUUGGUCAGGCGCAUGAACCAGGCGAACCUCAGGUUGAAUGGGUCGAGGGUGUCGCCAUCAUCGUCGCCAUUGCCAUAGUUGUCAUUGUCGGCUCUCUCAACGAUUACUCCAAGGAACGCCAAUUCGCCAAAUUGAACAAGAAGAAACAAGAUCGUCUCGUCAAAGUGGUGCGCGCCGGAAAAACUACCGAAAUCUCCGUCUUUGAUGUCAUGGCUGGUGAGGUUAUUCACCUCGAGCCUGGUGAUCUCGUUCCUGUCGAUGGCGUCCUUAUUGAGGGGUUCAAUGUCAAGUGCGAUGAGUCUCAGACAACCGGUGAAUCCGACAUCAUCACCAAGCGUUCUGGUGAUGAAGUAUACAACGCUAUUGAGGCCCAUGAGAGCCUCAAGAAGAUGGACCCCUUCAUUCAGUCCGGCGCGCGCAUUAUGGAGGGUGUGGGCACGUACAUGGCUACCUCAGUCGGCAUCUACUCUUCGUACGGCAAGACACUCAUGGCUCUCAACGAAGAUCCCGAAAUGACUCCACUGCAAGCCAAGCUCAACGUCAUCGCCACUUACAUUGCUAAGCUCGGUGGUGCCGCUGGUCUACUACUUUUCAUCGUCCUCUUCAUUCAGUUCCUUGUCCGCCUGCCUCGCCUUGACGCAAAUGUCACUGCCGCCCAAAAAGGUCAGAUGUUUCUUGAAAUCUUCAUCGUCGUCGUCACCAUCAUUGUUGUUGCCGUACCCGAGGGCCUUCCACUGGCAGUCACUCUAGCGCUCGCCUUUGCCACCACUCGAAUGCUGAAGGAUGCAAACCUCGUUCGCCACCUCAAGGCAUGCGAGGUCAUGGGAAACGCUACCACGAUUUGCUCCGACAAGACCGGCACCUUGACGCAAAACAAAAUGCAGGUUGUUUCCGGAACGAUUGGCACUACUAACCGAUUCGGUGGAGCCAAGCAGCGUCCUGAUAGCAACCCUGAUUCCCCUGUCGAAUCGUUCCAGGACUCGAGCUCCGACAUUACUCCCUCUCACUUUGUUGGAAUGCUUAGCGAACCUGUCAAGGAGCUGCUGCUCAAGUCUGUAGCGCUCAACUCGACAGCCUUUGAAGGAGAAGUCGAGGGCGAAAAGACGUACAUCGGUUCAAAGACCGAAUCCGCUCUCCUGCUCUUUGCUAGAGACUUUUUAGCCAUGGGGCCGGUUGCUGAGGUUCGCGAAAGUGCCACCGUUAUGCAGAUGAUCCCAUUUGACUCUGGUCGCAAAUGCAUGGGCAUUGUUGUCCAGCUACCGAAGGGCAAGUUCAGGCUCUACGUCAAGGGUGCCUCGGAGAUACUCCUGGCUCAGUGCACUACUACCCUACGUGACCCCGCCAAGGAUGACUCCGUUACGGACAUGACAAAGAGCAACGUCCAAACCGUUAGUCGCGUUAUUGAGAGUUACGCCAACAGGUCUCUCCGCACCAUCGGCCUCUGCUAUCGCGACUUUGAUGCCUGGCCUCCCAAGGCUGCUCGCCGCGGUGAUGGCAACGAUAUCAACUUUGAAGACAUCUUCAAGGAAAUGACCCUGCUUGGUGUUGUCGGUAUUCAGGACCCUCUUCGUGAAGGCGUUUAUGAAGCCGUCAAGAAGUGUCAGCACGCUGGUGUCGUGGUCCGCAUGGUCACUGGAGACAACAAGCUGACUGCUCAAGCUAUCGCUAAGGAAUGUGGUAUCCUUCAGCCUAACAGCCUGGUGAUGGAGGGACCAGACUUCCGCAAUCUCAGCAAGAUGGAGCAGGCUGAAAUCAUUCCUAGACUCCAUGUCCUUGCUAGAUCUAGCCCUGAGGACAAGCGAAUCCUCGUCAAGCGCCUCAAGGAAAAGGGCGAGACUGUCGCCGUCACCGGUGAUGGUACCAAUGACGCACCUGCUCUCAAGACUGCCGACGUUGGUUUCUCCAUGGGAAUUGCAGGUACCGAGGUCGCCAAGGAGGCCUCUGCUAUCAUUCUGAUGGACGACAAUUUUACUAGUAUCGUCAAGGCUCUCAAAUGGGGUCGCGCUGUCAAUGAUGCUGUGAAGCGCUUCCUGCAAUUCCAGCUCACCGUCAAUAUUACCGCCGUCGUUCUCACCUUUGUCUCGGCCGUUUCCAGCCGUCAAGGAAAGUCUGUCUUGACGGCUGUGCAAUUGCUUUGGGUCAAUCUUAUCAUGGAUACGCUUGCUGCUCUCGCUUUGGCCACUGACCCACCUCAGGAGAGCGUCCUCGAUCGCAAGCCGGAGCGCAAGGGUUCAUCCAUCCUCUCUCCGACUAUGUGGAAAAUGAUCAUUGGGCAGGCCAUCUACCAGCUCAUUAUUACCUUUUUGCUGUACUAUGGAAGCCCCAAGGGCAUUCUUCCCCUGCCUGGGCCAAACGACGUACCUCCUGUAGAAGAGCAGGCAACACUGGUCUUCAACACUUUCGUUUGGAUGCAAAUCUUCAACCAGUGGAACAAUCGCCGCUUGGACAACAAUUUCAACAUCUUUGAGGGCCUGACUAAGAAUUGGUUCUUUAUUGCCAUCAGUGCCAUUAUGUGCGGCGGUCAGGUCCUCAUCGUCUUCUUCGGCGGUGCCGCAUUCCAAAUUGCCAAGCACCAGUCGCCGACCAUGUGGGCCAUUGCCAUUGUUCUGGGCGCCAUCUCCAUUCCCGUCGGCAUCAUUAUCCGCUUGAUCCCCGACUCGUUGGUAAUAGCUCUGGUUCCGAACUUCCUGAAGAACCGCUCCAGCAAGGUUCCCGGUGUGACUAUUUCUGACGAAGAGAUGGAUAUGUACCCGGAACCUUUGGCUGAUGUCCGUGACGAGCUCAACUUUAUCCGUCGCAUGAAGGGCGGCCGCCUGAACAACCUCAAAUUCGCCAUGCAGCAUCCCAAAGAGAUGCUGACUCGCUCGCGCAGCCCGUCACAUUCACGUUCCAACUCUGUGAAUGCCCCGCAGACACCUGUACGCGAAGACAGCUUCCCGUACCCGGCGACACCCGAGUCGAGAAACAGAUCAAGGUCCAACAGGUCGCGAUCAAACUCGGCGUUGGGCGCACCUACUGUCAUGGCGGGUAUUGUGGCAGCCGGUGUUGCUGCGGGAUGGCAGCCCAUGGGCAGACGAUCUGUCGAUGAGCGAGAGGAAGCAGAAGGCAAUGCGAAAAAUGAAUCGAAUAAUACUUGA